GUGUGGCUUAUGCGUUGUCUUACAUGCACCAUGAUUGCUCUCCGCCAAUUGUUCAUAGGGACAUAUCAAGCAAAAAUGUUUUGCUGGAUUCAGAGUACGAGGCUCAUGUUUCAGACUUUGGCAUUGCUAAGAUUCUUCACCAAGACUCAUCCAAUUGGACUUCACUUGCUGGCACAUAUGGACAUGUUGCACCAGAGCUUGCUUAUACGAUGAAGAUAACUGAGAAAUGCGACGUGUUUAGCUUUGGAGUUUUGGCUAUUGAAGUGAUCAAAGGUAGGCAUCCUGGUGAAAUCAUCUCCAUUCUAUCUACUUCAUCCGUGGGGGAGAAUUUGUUGUCGAAGGAUUUGUUAGACGUACGCCUUCCUCCUCCCACUCUUGAGGUUGAGAAUCAAUUGAUGCUCAUCAUAAAGUUGGCAAUUGCAUGCUUGCAUGCUAAUCCAGAAUCUAGACCAACUCUGCACAUGGUCUCUCAGAUUUUAUCAAGCUGAAGUGCACUUUCCUGGAGCGAUCAGAGUCUGACUAGGACAAGCAAGGAUAUGUAAUAAGACACUAUAUUCUGUCAAAUUCAUGCUGCUGAAGGAAGUUGUUUGUUUAAGAUUAUGUAAUGCCUAGAGUACCACUAGAUGUUUAAUUGCAAGUAUUAAUAAUGUGCAUUUGGUAAAACAAAUUUCAAGGCACUGUGA